UCACGGCACCCCCCGUGCGCUCCGCAAGCCGGGGUCCCGCUCCAACAGCCGGCCCUCUAGCGGCCGCUGCCGGAAGUGCAGGUGUGCGGGAGCGUCCCCCCGUCUCCUCCGCGAUCUCCUCUCACUCGCUUCCCCGGCGUCAGCAGCAGUGUGAGGGGCGACCUGACAGCGGCUCUGUCAGUAGGGAAAGCUGACUUUGCCCCGGUUACCGCUCCGAUUCACUCUCCGCAUCCACGGCGGCGGGAUUGAAAGCGCAGUUAAGGGCUUCUGUCUGGAAUAAGAAAGCAUCGCUGUUUCUGACUAGGGAGAAGAAAGAUAAGAUUCCUCUGGAUUUCCUAACAUAUGUGAUCUGGACACCUUACUGAUUUUGUCUAACAUUUGAAAGGGAGUCCGGAGGAUUUUUACGCUUUCAUUCUUCCAGUUCUGAACGAGCCGCUUAGACCAUUCCGCUGUCGCUGGUUAGCGAUGCGCUAGAUUUGUGGCUCAGCCGUGACAGACAAGAGCACCUGGCAGGUAGACUGAUGGCACCCGCGUGAACUUGGGAGGAAACGUUCUCUGUCCUGAGACGGCAACAACACAAUGAACCUUGGAGAGAGGUCUCUUGCAGGUCUCUUGCAGGUCUCAGGACAGAGAGCAUUCCACCUCUGACGUUCACGUCUUCUGCCUAAAUCUUAAAUCUCUGGGACUGUUGCUGAGUUUGUUAGAGGCUGUGAAUAUCUCGCAUCUGAGCGCCGAGACCCGCCUGACUCACUGCGGCCCGUGAGCCAGCGUGCCGCGCCCCCCCUCCUCCCUCCUCCUCCCCGCCGCCCGCCUGCCGAGGGAUGCCAGCGCCAAGCCGCGGAGCGAUGCACAGAGCCGGGCUGCCUCUGCUGCUCCUCCUGCUCCUCCUGCUCCUCCUCUUCAGAGCCGAAGCUGACACAGCACCAAAGUUUCUGAGAACCCCUACCGACCAGACGGGAGUGCAGGGCGGGGUGGCAUCCUUCAUCUGCCAAGCCACGGGGGACCCCAAGCCUAAGAUAGUCUGGAACAAGAAGGGGAAGAAAGUCAGCAAUCAGCGGUUUGAGGUGAUAGAGUUUGAUGAUGGAUCGGGCUCUGUGCUGAGAAUUCAGCCUCUCCGCACCCCGCGGGACGAAGCCGUUUAUGAGUGUCUCGCCUCCAACAGUGUUGGGGAGACGAGUGCUUCCACGAGACUCACUGUUUUACGUGAGGACCAGCUCCCUCCGGGUUUCCCCAUCAUAGACAUGGGCCCCCAGCUGAAGGUGGUGGAGCGGACGCGCACGGCCACCAUGCUGUGCGCCGCCAGCGGCAACCCCGACCCUGAGAUCUCCUGGUUCAAGGACUUCCUUCCUGUCAACACCAGCAACAACAACGGUCGCAUCAAGCAGCUGCGCUCAGAGUCCUUUGGUGGUACGCCAAUAAGAGGUGCCCUCCAGAUCGAGCACAGCGAGGAGUCCGACCAGGGGAAGUAUGAGUGCGUCGCUACCAACAGCGACGGCACCCGCUACUCUGCCCCCGCCAACCUCUACGUGCGAGAACUGCGAGAAGUCCGGCGAGUCCCUCCAAGGUUCUCCAUCCCCCCCACGGACCAUGAGAUUAUGCCCGGGGGGAGUGUGAACAUCACCUGCGUGGCCGUGGGCUCCCCCAUGCCCUACGUGAAGUGGAUGUUGGGAGCCGAGGACCUGACGCCAGAGGACGACAUGCCCAUCGGACGCAACGUGCUGGAGCUGACCGACGUGCGUCAGUCCGCCAACUACACCUGCGUGGCCAUGUCCACCCUGGGCGUCAUUGAGGCUGUGGCUCAAAUCACAGUCAAAGCAUUGCCCAGGUCUCCUGGGGUUCCUAUGGUAACAGAAAGGACAGCCACUAGCAUAACAUUGACCUGGGACUCUGGGAAUCCAGAACCGGUCUCCUACUACAUCAUCCAGCACAAGUCCAAGUUUUCCGACGACACGUACAAGGAGAUCGACGGUGUGGCCACCACCCGCUACAGCGUGGGAGGUCUCAGCCCCUACUCGGAUUACGUGUUCCGGGUGGUGGCAGUGAACAGCAUUGGGCGCGGUCCCGCCAGCGAGGCCGUGGAGGCGCGGACGGCGGAGCAGGCGCCCAGUACGGCGCCGCGGCAGGUCCGGGGUCGCAUGCUGAGCAGCACCACCGCCAUCAUCCACUGGGACGAGCCGGAGGAAGCCAAUGGGCAGAUAAUGGGCUAUCGGGUCUAUUACACUACGGAUCCCAGCCUGCACGUCAACCACUGGGAGAAGCAGAUGGUGGGCGGAGCCAACUUCCUCACCAUCCAGGGCCUCACUCCUAACAAGACCUACUACAUCAGGGUGCUGGCCUUCACUUCAGUUGGGGAUGGACCUCUCUCUCCAGACCUGCAGAUCAUAGCUAAGACCGGGGUUCCCUCACAGCCCACGGACCUGAAAGCAGAAGCCAAGUCGGAGACGAGCAUAUUGCUGUCAUGGGUCCCGCCCGCUCAGAAUGGGCAGGACAACCAGAUCAUCGGAUACGAGCUUCUCUACCGGAAGGGAGAUGAGAAGGACGAGAGAAGGGUGAGCUUCGAGCCCACGACGGCCUACCUUCUCAAGGACCUCAAGCCAUUCUCCAGUUACACAUUCCAACUGGCGGCACGCAGUAAGCAUGGCGUCGGGGCGUACACCAGUGAGGUUUCCAUGGAGACUCCUCAAACACGGCCCUCGGCGGCUCCCCGGGAGGUCGGCUGUUCUAGUCCCAGCUCCACCAGCAUCCUGGUAAGUUGGCGGCCACCUCCGGCGGAGUCACGCAACGGGAUCAUUACCAAGUACACCAUCCAGUAUGCCGUGGCCGCCGGAGAGGAUGUGGCCCCCCACCAAGCUGCUCGCGUGCCCCCUGAAAGCUCUCGGUUCCUGCUGGAAAACCUGAAUAAAUGGACAGAGUACCGCGUGACCGUGAGAGCCCACACUCAGGCCGGUGCCGGCCCCGAAAGCCUGCCGCUGCUCAUCCGCACCGAGGAGGACGUUCCCAGCGGUCCGCCUCGUAAAGUCGAGGUGGAGGCGCUCAACGCCACGUGCAUUAAGGUGAUCUGGCGUUCUCCCGAUCCCAGCAAGCAACACGGUCAGAUCCGCGGUUACCAAGUGCACUACGUCCGGAUGCUAAAUGAGGAGCCUGUCGGACAGUCCGUCAUCAAGGACAUCCUGAUUGAUGACAUGCAGUGGGCAUACGAUGAGUCAGCUGACCAUGAGACGGUCAUCUCUGACCUCCAGCCCGAAACAACAUACUCUGUGUCGGUUGGCGCGUACACAACCAAAGGCGAUGGGGCUCGCAGCAGACCCAAGCUGGUCACCACAAAGGGCGCAGUGCCGGAAAAGCCGCGAUUCAUGGUGAGUGUCACCAAUAUGGGCACUGCACUGCUCCAGUGGCACCCUCCGCCAAACACCUUCGGCCCCCUACAAGGAUAUCGGCUGAAGUUCGGCCGCAAAGACGCGGACUCUCUAGCUACGGUUGACUUCCCAGAGCGGGAGAACCACUACACCAUCAACAAGAUCCACAGAGGCGCGCCCUACAUCUUCCUCCUGUCGGCCCAGAACAGGGUAGGCUUCGGAGCGGAGGCGGUCAGGGAGGUUUCCACGCCUGAGGACAGGCCCGCCAGCUACCCCCGGAGCAUCCGCGUAGAGAGCGCCAGUGCGAGCAGCGCCCAACUCUCCUGGCAACCCCUACCGCUCGCUGAGCGCAAUGGCCGCAUCAUCAAGUAUGGCCUGCAGUACAAGGACAUCAACAACCCCCGGAGCCCCACCGAGUUCAUUGUCAUGGCCCCCGAAUCCUCCACGACUCUCGACGGCCUAAAUCCAGACACCAUUUAUGACGUUAAAGUGUGCGCCUUUACCAGCAAGGGCUCCGGCCCCUAUAGCCCAAGUGUCCAGUUGAGGACACAACCUCUGAAACAAGCAGUGUUCGCAAAAAAUUUCCGCGUGAAAGCUGUCAUGAAGACCUCGGUGCUGCUGACAUGGGAGACGCACGAGAACUACAAUCCGGCUCAGCUGUUCACGAUCCUCUACGACAAUGGGCAAAGCGUAGAAGUGGACGGAAAACUGACCCAGAAGCUCAUCACCAACCUGCAGCCAGAUACGCAGUACUCCUUCCUGCUGACGAACCGCGGCAACAGUGCCGGAGGGCUGCAGCACAGGGUGACCACCGUGACAGCUCCCGACGUACUGCGGACGAAGCCAUAUCCGAUUGGCAAGACCAACUCGGACGGCAUGGUGACUGUAGAGCUCCCGGCAGUGGAGACCACCGAGAAAGUCAAGGGGUAUUACAUCGUAGUGGUUCCUUUGAAGAAGCAGAGAGGCGGGAAGUUCAUCAAGCUGUGGGACAGCCCGGACGAAAUGAACUUGGAAGAGCUGCUCAAAGAGAUAAACAGAACCAGCAAAGGUCUUCGAGUGAAGAGACAAGCAGAUCCCAAAGCCUACAUCACAGCCCACUUUAAAGAGCUUCCCCCUGAUUUCACCCUGGGAGAUAAGAAGGUCUACGGUGACUUUGAGAACAGGCCUCUGCAGAGCGGCCAGGAGUACAUAUUCUUUGUUUUGGCCGUCCUGGAGAACUCCGAAAAUACUAUGUACGUCACCAGUCCCUAUUCAGAUCCUGUGGUGUCUGCAGACAUAGACCGGCAGCCAAUGAUUGACGAGGAGGAGGGGCUCAUCUGGGUGGUGGGGCCGGUACUCGCCGUGGUCUUCAUCAUCUGCAUCGUCAUCGCCAUCCUCCUGUUCAAGAGCAAACCAGACAGGAAGCGAGCAGAAUCUGACGCCCGGAAAGGGAGCCUGCCCCACAGCAAAGAGAUGCCUUCCCAUCACCCCACGGACCCAGUGGAACUGCGGCGCCUCAACUUCCAGACCCCAGGUUCAGGUGUCUCCGGUUACCCUGGUAACCUCCAUUUGUCAAGCAUGAGUACCCAUCCUCCAAUCUCAAUCACGGAGCUGGCCGACCACAUAGAACGACUAAAAGCGAACGACAACCUGAAAUUCUCCCAAGAAUACGAGUCCGUCGAUCCCGGCCAGCAGUUCACUUGGGAGCAUUCGAACCUUGAGGUCAACAAACCAAAGAAUAGAUACGCCAACGUCAUUGCCUAUGACCAUUCCAGAGUCCUCCUGUCUACCAUUGAAGGGAUCCCUGGCAGCGAUUACAUCAAUGCCAACUACAUUGAUGGCUACAGAAGGCAGAAUGCUUACAUCGCCACCCAGGGAUCCCUGCCUGAGACCUUCGGGGAAUUCUGGAGGAUGAUAUGGGAGCAGCAUAGUGCGAAUAUUGUCAUGAUGACGAAACUUGAGGAGAGGUCAAGGGUAAAAUGCGACCAGUACUGGCCAACGAGGGGCACGGAGACGUACGGCCUGAUCCAGGUGACGCUGCUGGACACCGUGGAGCUGGCCACGUAUUGCGUGCGCACGUUUGCGCUUUACAAGAAUGGCUCCAGUGAAAAGCGGGAAGUCAGGCAGUUCCAGUUCACGGCUUGGCCGGACCACGGGGUCCCUGAGCACCCCACUCCCUUCCUGGCCUUCCUGCGGAGGGUCAAGGCCUGUAACCCCCCCGAUGCCGGGCCCAUGGUGGUGCACUGCAGCGCCGGCGUGGGUCGGACUGGCUGCUUCAUCGUCAUCGACGCCAUGCUGGAGAGAAUAAAGCACGAGAAGACCGUGGACAUCUACGGCCACGUGACUCUCAUGAGAGCCCAGAGGAACUACAUGGUCCAGACGGAGGACCAGUACGUCUUCAUCCACGACGCCCUCCUGGAAGCGGUAACCUGCGGCAACACAGAGGUGCCGGCCAGAAACCUGUACGCAUACAUACAGAAGCUGACGCAGAUAGAGUCAGGAGAGAAUGUCACCGGGAUGGAGCUCGAAUUCAAGCGUUUAGCGAACACUAAGGCCCACACGUCCCGGUUCAUCAGCGCCAACCUCCCCUGCAACAAGUUCAAAAACCGCCUUGUAAAUAUCAUGCCCUACGAGUCGACGAGAGUCUGCCUGCAGCCCAUCCGGGGAGUGGAAGGUUCGGAUUACAUCAACGCGAGCUUCAUCGACGGCUACAGGCAACAGAAGGCCUAUAUUGCCACUCAAGGGCCCCUAGCAGAGACCACGGAGGACUUCUGGAGGAUGCUCUGGGAACACAACUCCACCAUUGUGGUCAUGCUUACAAAGCUGCGCGAGAUGGGGAGGGAAAAAUGCCACCAAUACUGGCCAGCGGAGAGGUCCGCUCGGUACCAGUACUUCGUGGUGGACCCCAUGGCAGAGUACAAUAUGCCCCAGUACAUUCUAAGGGAGUUCAAAGUGACAGACGCCAGAGAUGGACAGUCACGAACAGUACGGCAAUUUCAGUUUACGGACUGGCCGGAACAAGGUGUGCCAAAGUCAGGAGAAGGGUUCAUCGACUUCAUCGGUCAAGUACAUAAAACGAAAGAACAGUUUGGUCAGGAUGGACCCAUCUCGGUGCACUGUAGCGCGGGUGUGGGGAGAACCGGUGUCUUCAUCACCCUUAGCAUUGUUCUGGAGCGGAUGAGAUAUGAAGGAGUGGUAGACAUCUUCCAAACGGUCAAAAUGCUAAGGACACAAAGGCCAGCCAUGGUACAGACAGAGGAUCAGUACCAGUUUUGCUACAGAGCUGGACUGGAAUACCUUGGAAGUUUUGAUCACUAUGCAACAUAAUAUUUCCACCCAUAGUGAGGAAAAAAAAUAAAAAAACGACAGGCCCAUCAAGACACGGAGAGCCUCUUCUGAGCCAUAACUACUUGCUUUGAGAAAUAUUUCUUAAUGCCAAGCUAAGCGUCUGAUGUGAAACAUGAACGAGAAGAAAUAAAAUGUUCUAGGCGGACCAAGAAUCGACUCGUUUGAUAAAUCACCCUGGUUUUUAACAGCAGAAGACACGGAAGAUUUUUUUUUUUCUUCAUUCUUUCAGUUGCUUCGAGGAUUCAUGUCGGAAUAAAACUGAAAGACAAUAGGAAUCGCAUCAGUGACUUGAGCAUCAACAACACACACCACCUGGUGCAGUGUGAAUGGUCAACACAAAUCUGAAGGUCACCCCUCAGUUGUAUAGCUAAUAUGACAACUCCACCACCAAGCACAUAGAGGUAUAUAUAUAUAUUUGAUUUCAGAAGGACACCGUUUUUUGUGAUAAAAGCAGGCACUGCAAAAUAACACAACAGAUCCCGUUUUAUGGUUUAUUGCUAACAAUUUGGAAAUUGGGAAUAUAUAAAGACAAGCUAAAAACAAAUAACAAUCAUGUAGUUUUUUUUCUAGUGUUUUAUCAUACAGCUGACCAGUGCUUUGUUUUUAACUGUGUAAAAUUAAUUUCUUUUUUUAAUCAGGUUAUUAUCAUUUAAUAAAGAUAAACUAAACACAACAUUUGCUUGGAAAACAUAAGGUGUUUUUUUAUCUCUAGGACUGACAACUACUCUUAGGUGUCACAAGCAGAGAAAUGUCGCAAUUUUCCUUUUACCCAUUACUAUGAUUAUUAUUAUUAUUGUAAUUUUGUUGCGCUCCUGUUUACGUAUUGCACACUUUUAUGCAGUGCUUCUUGUACACUACCAAAUAACUUGGUUACGGGGUUGUUAUUUCAUUUUAUUUUAAAUUUUUAUUUUUUUUUUAUGCAAGUGCCCAUAACAACCAUGUGAUUAACUUGGGCUCCGUGGAAUCAACAGGGAUGAGCAAAGUAUGAAGUUGCUGCUACUGAUUAUCUUAGUUCUUCCGUAUUGAGACGAUAUACAAAUUUUGCCAAAUCAGUUUAUGACCCCAUAUAUAUAAAUAUAUAUAUAAAUAUAAAUAUAUUAGCAUAUAUAUAAUGACGAUAUAAAUAUACAAUUAUAUGUCAGGAGAGAUCAAGAGAGAAAAAAAAAAUAUUAUUUAUAUUUUCUGAUAGCUUCCACAAUGAGAUUUCUGUAUUUUUGGGGGAAAUUAAGAGAUUUUUCACUGGAAUGCACAUCAGUAGGACAAAACGUAUUCUGAUACAGUGUAUCUUUUCCUGUGCAAUAAAUAGGUGUAUUAUAUAUAGGAUAAAUGUAGUUAUUUUGUUAGUCAUUCUACACUCAUUCCCGAAAGGACACAGAAACUGGCCCCCCGGUAUCUGUCGCAAGGUGCUUGGGUGCGUUGACGCGCUCUUGCCUCAUCGACCGGUCUGUGUUUUGUGCAGAGGACCACAUUUGCCUUGUCGAACAGCCAGUCUAGAUACCAUCCUGCAAAGUCAUAAGGACAAGUACAAAGAAACCACUUACUAAUGUGCAAAUAUAGUAAACAGUAUCAAAUUAAUGUUUUGAUUUUACAUUUAGAGUGCCUUAUAUUAAAUGCCUGUUUUUAUAAAUUCCUUUACAUUUUUAUGUAUUAUAUGUAUAUUUAAUUUUACCUAAAGUAUUCUUUUUUUAUAUGUUAUUUGAAAUUAUAUAUGCAAGUAAGUCUAUUAUGGUAUUCCUGUGUAGGCCUUUGUCUUUCCUUUGGCUGAGCAUAUCGGUUUAAACGCCCCUGUAAAGUUCACGGAACCCAGCUGUAGAGAUGCUCUAGAGCGUUGGACGACUUUCAAAGAAACGUGUAGGUCUGUCAGCCUCAAUCCCAGUUAUAUUGAGAUUAAAUUUUUUUUGUUGUGAUUCAGCACCAUCCUGAAGAUCGGUUCGCAGUUAUGAGAUGAAUUACUAGCAUUACAGGCGUAUACAGUGCGACGACGUUAAGUGUCGGGUCAGUCACUAUAAUACGAGGUCAAGCGGAAACAGCUGCGGAAUUAACAUUCGCGGUGCCGAUAAGUGAAAUACACUUUCCUGGCUGCUCAAACCACGGGCCAGAACUGUAAAUUCAUUUAGUGAAACGUAUAUUUAAUCAUAACGGCAGUGAACGCUGGACGUGGAUAGUUAAAAGUAUAUUUUCGCUAAGCCGGGAGAGCGGUUCGCUGGGGCGAGUUCGGCAUUUGAAGGCCCGACAAUCAGAUGCACUCCAACGCCAGUCGUGUCCGUCGCUGUAGCACUGAGCCUUCAUUCCGAAAUCCUUGUGCGUUUUAUUUUGUUUUAUUUAGGGGAUUUUUGGAUGUGCAUUCCAGGUGCUUUCUUUCCCUUGUCAUUUUCAAGUAGCUAAACCAUUUUCCGCCAACCAUCUGGUCAAGCAGAUUUUUUUAUUUGUUUGUUUCUUGUUUGUCUCCAUUCCUCAUCAUACGUGUGACGAUUGAGGUGCUCACGCCCAGCAUCGUCUCGCUGUAGAAACCAUUUCUGUUCAUAGUCUGUUUCGUUCAGGAGGUGGGGCUCUGCUCCUCCUCCUCCUCCAUCGUCAUCUCGGCCUUUUCGAUAUGCAUGAAAACGCAUCGCUGACGGCCCCAUAGGACAACUCGCACUUUCUAUAUCUUUGUACUAUGCACUGCCCUAUUGAUUCUAAACCCAAUUAUGUUACUUGAACCCAUCUGUAAGGAGUUUUAAAGAAAAGUCCCACUUGAUGUGUCUGUAAAUAACGUGGAAAAUGAAAUAUUUAAAAAGACAAAAAAAAAAAAAAAAAGAAUUU